AUGGACAGGUGUGCACAGGUGUGCGCUGAGCAGGUGAGGCUGGACAGGUGUGCUCAGGUGCGCGCUGAGCAGGUGAGCUCCGACAGCGAGGACGCAGGUGUGCGCUGCGCAGGUGCUGAUCCCUCGCUGCAGGUGCAUCCCCAGGUGCAUCCCCAGGUGCGCUCACACGGGGACGCCCAGGUGAGCGCCCAGGUGGAGCCCCAGGUGGACUCACAGGUGGACACCGAGGAGCAGUUGAAGGUGCGGCUGGUGAACGGCUCGUCGCGCUGCGCGGGCAGGGUGGAGGUGCUGCACAAGCGCAGGUGGGGCUCGGUCUGCGACGACACCUGGGACAUGGCGGACGCACAGGUGAUCUGCCGCUCCCUGGGCUGCGGCUCCGCCCUGGCCGCCCCCGGCCACGCCCGCUUCGGGCAGGGGGCGGGGCCCAUCUGGCUGGACGGGACGCACUGCACAGGUGAGGAGCUCACCUUGGCCAGGUGCCGCCUGCACACCUGGGGCGAGCACAACUGCGGCCACAUGGAGGACGCCGGAGCCGUCUGCUCAGGUGCCGACCCCGCCCAGGUGCGGCUGCAGGGCGGGGCCGGGCCCUGCGCGGGGCAGGUGCAGGUGCUGCUGAACCGCACCUGGCUGCAGGUGUGCGGCCUCACCUGGGCAAUGCCCGAGGCGCAGGUGCUGUGCCGGCAGCUGGGCUGCGGCCCCGCCCUCAGCGCACCUGUGGGGCCGCGCCUGCCGGGCCAGCCCUACCUGGCCGAGCUCACCUGCCGGGGCUCCGAGGAGCUGCUGCUCGAGUGCCCCGGGCUCCGCCCCGCUACCUGCGCCUCAGGUGCGGCCGCCGCCAUCGCCUGCGCCGAGCUGCCAGCCCCGCCCGACUCGUGCUCUCUGCUGCUGGCGCUGCUGGGGGUGGGGGCGGGGCUCUGCGGGGCCCUGCUGGGCCUUUACCUGUGCGCCAGGUGCGCCAGGUGCGCCCCGCCCCGCCGGGGCCGGCCACGCCCAG